CUUGGAGCGAACGACAAGAAAACGACGCCCAAGUAAGUGAAAAAAAAAAACAAAACAACAACAACAACAAAUUUUUUUGACAGUUCAUGUCGAAGUUAUUCAAAAGAAAAAAGAAACCGUAUAAUUUGAGAAGCCAGAAGCAAUUGUACGGAAGCAGUACGCCCAAGUCGAAGGUUGACGCCUGUGUGGAAUGCGAUUUGCCCUUCGACGAAAGUGAAAUAGCCCCCGAGUUACGACGCGAACGAAGCCCCAGAAAAGGAGAAAGUUCCGGAUUACCAGAAGCCCGCCCAGAUAAAGCUGAUAGAGUAAAUGAGACGAAUUUGGAACCCAUUGAUAUCAGCGUCGAGCCCAGCCACAGAGAAAGUACCAGUCCAAGCGAACCACCCCCAGAUCUCGAGAAAACCCAUUGUUCGCGAGAGGAAGUUUGCGUUGAAAUAGAAAAACAGGAUAGCACUGAUCCUGACGAAUUUUGUACAAAAGAACAUUUAGAAAAAGGCAGAGAAAAAGAGAGAGCAAAGGAAGACAUUACGAAAGAAAACAACCUCACAGCAGGUGGCCAACAGGUACCAGUUAUUAAUUCACCUGCUGAUAUCUACAAACACUUUCCCAUAAGGUUAAACUACGAGGAAAGCCUAGAAGAGGAUCCUAACGAAUCAAAUUUGGAUUCUAGCGAUAACAGCGACUCUGAAGACUAUUUUAGUCAUAGUGGUGAAAGAGAAUCACCCCUAUUUACAACAGACAAAGAAAAACUACAUACUCGUGAAACUCUAGCAACAGGUACCAUGCAAGCCGAAGUGUUAGAGCAAUUACAGGAGCAAGUUGACUUUUUACAACAAGAACUAAGGAGUCAACAGCAAAACCAUCGGGAAUUUCGCCAGAGAACUAUCAAUGCUAUGGAACAAGCUCCAAUUCCGGACACAUCUAGUUCACAAAGGCCCGCUCCAUUUCACGGCUUCGAUUCCGAAGAUAUUAACCGAUGGCUUGACAAAGUGGAGCAUUAUUUAAAUUUACGCCGAAUACGUACAGACAGUCCCACCGCACUCGCAGAACUGAUAUUAAACCUCGCAGGACCCGCAGAGGAUUUCUAUUAUUCCUUGGAUGAGGGCAGAAAGGAUACAUUCAUAGCAUUGCGGGAAGCUUUGAGGGAGAGGUUCGCGAACGAAAAUCAAAAUUGGAUCAUCUGGCAAGCAAUUACGACCCGUCAACAGGGACCUGUUGAGUCUAUCGACACCUACCUGAAUGAUUUGACCAGCAAGUUUCGCAGAAUAAAGAUCUCGGACGAAGACAAGAUGAGAUAUUUUGUACAAGGUUUAAGAGCUGAUUUACGAGAGACUGUUCUACUAAAGCAACCUAAGAGUUUUCAAGAAGCUGAGGAGAUGGCUCGUCUCGCUGCCGCAGUGAAAACAACUAUGAACAAUUCCAAUCAAACCAUGGCCGCCCAGUUAAGUAACUUGACAAAAACGCUCAAUACCAUGGCAGCAGGUACCAGUAACACAAUAAAUAAUCAACAACAAGCCAUGCAAGUGCAAAUUGAAACAUUGGCAAAGAAAAUUGAUAGCCUGUUGCCGAUACAAGCCAAACCAGACAAGGUUGCGGCAUAUUCAGAACCUGGAAAAGAUGAGCAGAUCAUGAGACUUCAGAGACUUAUUCAGGAACUGACUAAUGAAAUGCGAAGUUUAGACCGACGUGUGGAUGCACGAAUUAAUGGAAUUGUUCAACGUGGAAGAGAUGUUAGAGCCAAUCCACAGAGAUCAAGGGAUGGAAGGCCUUUCUGUUUUUAUUGUGGAGAAACUGGUCACAUUCAAAUUAGUUGUCCACAACGCCAUUCACGCGAGCGAGGACCAGUACCCAGGUACGCACUGCCACCGCCAGGGAACACUGAACGAAAUGUACCCAGGUACGCACUACCACCGCCAGGGAACUUUGAACGAAAUCGUAAUCCGCCGAGCUUCCAGCCACGUCAGAGAGCCUCAGGCCCUGGUCGCCAAGAUCGACUAGCUGUUUUGAACGAUGAUUAUUAUGACCUACCAGAAGAUUAUAUGGCACUAAUGGGAUAUUAUGAUAUUACUGGAGUCGACUACGAUGACUACCCUGGCGAAUGGGACGACUAUUAUGAAUAUAAACCAGAAGAAGAAUAUCAUGGCCUAGCGGAAGAAUGGAACAAAGCUUACCCAAAGAAAGGAAGUUAUCAGCCACUCACUGACAACUUAUGCCCUGAGGCAAUUCCCGUCAAUGAGAUUGGAACGGUGGAACAGCUGACAUCUAAUCCAGAAACUUUAAAACAAACUAGUGAGGAACAAACCACAGAGGGAGAGGAAUUUACUGAUGAUUCCGAUGAAUUAACCAAUGUCACUUCUACGCCACAAGCUACACCUGCUGACAAACAGGAUUCCUCUCUAUGUGCUACUUUGGGAAUGGACACCGUUGAGGACCAAUUUGCAGAUGCUGAUGAGACUGAAGAAGUGGUAAACAAUGACCAGCCCGUGCAAUCAGCAGUGGGUAAAACCUUCCCGCAAAAACGAGAAACCACUGACCAAUACCAGGAACCAGCCGUUAUAGACGCUGUACCUACUAAAGAUAUUGGAGAUACUCGUUUGCUACCACCAACAGCCACUCCGAGCGCCUUCAGCGAUGCAGAUGACGCCCGAGACGACCUAAAAGCAGUAUUAAAAGCAGAGCCCACCCAGUUAAACGAUGGUGCUGCCUACACAAGUCCUGUCAGUGAAACCUCAAGAGAAACUGCAGAUAUACUCAAAGUGGGAUCAGAGACAGUGGCCACAGAGAAGCCAGCUUAUCCUGUAGAUUCUACCACCGAAGAAACCACCUCGAGUGCAAUAGAGAAGGAGAAAGUAGCAUCACCAACCAGUGAACCUAUAGUUCAAAAUCCUGGAAGCAAACAGAAAUCAGCCAGAACCAAACAUGUAGCUUCUACUUCUGCAAAAGGGCCACAACCCGACCUUACAGUGGAAGUACAGAUAAAUGGAAAAACCACUAGAUGUCUCGUGGACACAGGAGCUGCUGUUUCUGUUUUGGAUGCAGACCACAUGUUGGAAUUGUAUGAUGGUCACCCUCCACCUUUAAAACCAAGUGAGUCAAGGUUGUUAAAGACAGUUAGUGGAGAGAAUUUGCCUGUGCGUGGAAUAUUAUGUACAUCCAUCAGCAUCGCAGGUGGUAACUACCCUUGUGAGUUCAAGGUUCUAGAAGGCGUCACGUAUAAGGGUGUCUUAGGAAGAGACUUCCUACGGGCUACUCGUGCCAACAUCAGCUUUGACAAAUACACUCUGCAGCUGAAAGAUACAGCACCUGUUACUUUUUCAGAGGACCUUCUGGUACUGAUUGCCCCAGUGACUUACGUCGUACCACCACGAAGUGAAACGGUGAUUCCAGCCAAAAUUAAAGGAGACGUUCCACCAGGAGCUAUUGGUUUGAUUGAAUCUGUACCACGCUUAGCUGAACGCUAUCACCUACAAGGAGCAGCUGCCUUAGUAAAAGUGGCCGAAGGAGAAACAGUGCCCUUUCGCCUGAUCAACCCAACGAGUAAGCCAAUCACCCUAUACAAAGGAGCUAGUCUGGGGACAUUUUCCGAAGCUAGUGGUGAUCCUGACUUCUGUCCUGUCGGAGAUAACAGUCCUAUGCAGCCUCCACGACAGGAACAAGACGAAGUGCCAGUUGACCUACAAAGUUCAUCAUUGACCCAAGAACAACAAGAGCGCUUAAAGGCCCUGCUGAACGAAUACAGAGAUAUUUUCGCCGUCACACCGGAGGAACUUGGUCGCACCAACCUAGUACAGCACCAUAUUGAUACCGGAGACCAUCGACCGUUACGUUCGCGUCCUUACCGCGUUCCGCAUACACAGAAGGAAACUAUAGAGAGCCACAUUAAUGAUAUGCUGAGCCGUGACGUCAUACAGCCUUCAGCUUCGCCCUGGGCCAGUCCAGUGGUCUUGGUUCCGAAGCCCGAUGGCUCUUCACGAUUUUGCUGUGACUUCAGAAAUCUGAACAAGAUUACAAAGAAAGAUUCUUACCCCCUGCCUUUGAUAUCCGAGAGCCUAGAAGCGUUGGGAGGAGCGAAGUUUUUCAGCAGUGUUGAUUUGCUAUCUGGAUACUGGCAGGUGGAAAUGGACCCCGCCUCUCGUGAGAAGACCGCUUUCGUCACUCAUGCUGGCUUGUAUGAGUUUACCACAAUGCCUUUCGGUCUCUGUAACGCCCCAGGUACGUUCCAGCGCUUGAUGGAAUGCGUCCUUAGAGGCCUGACUUGGCAAAUUGCGUUGAUCUACCUUGAUGACGUCCUGAUAUACUCCCGAACCUUCGAGGAACAUUUGCAGCAUCUUCGCCUGGUCUUUGAUCGCUUUCGUGAAGCCGGUUUAAAACUUAAGCCAAGUAAGUGCCAUUUUGGACAGACUAAGGUCAAUUAUCUGGGUCACGUGAUCACGCCCGAGGGAUUACAGCCUGACCCUGCCAAGGUCAAAGUAGUUCAGGAAUACCCUGUUCCUAAAACUGUCAAAGAUGUCCGAGCUUUCAUGGGUCUCACCAACUACUAUCGUAAGUUCAUUAAAGGAUGUGCCCAGAUUGCCAGUCCCCUGCACGAGCUGACCAAGAAGGGAAUGAAAUUCGUCUGGACCGAUGCUUGUCAAGACGCUUUUGACACUCUCAAGAAAGCACUGACGGAAGCACCUAUCCUUGCCUACCCAGACUUCAAUCUCCCCUUUAUAUUGGCCACCGACGCAAGCAAUGACGCUAUCGGUAUGGUUCUAGGACAGAAACAGAAUGGACGCGAGGUUGUUAUCUCUUAUGCUGGAAGAAAACUGAAUCCUGCAGAACGCAACUACAGUGUAACAGAACGUGAAGCACUGGCAGUGGUUGACGGUGUACGACACUUCCAGACCUACCUGUAUGGCCGCCAAUUCACGGUAUUUACAGACCAUAAUGCAGUUCGUUGGUUGAUGAAUAUCAAGGAGCCAACUGGUCGAUUAGCUCGAUGGGCAUUACUUCUCCAGCAACACGACUUCACCAUUGAGCACCGCGCCGGUAAUUGUAAUGGAAAUGCUGAUGCCCUCUCCCGACGUACGUAUGAUCCUGUGGUUGCGGCCUACGACAAACCAGGUGUGCAGGUAGAGAGAAUUUGGGAACUACAACGUAAGGAUCCAUCCCUAGCUGACAUCAUCACCUACCUUGAGACAGAAGAGCUGCCUUCCAAUGGCGCUACAGCCAAAGCAAUUAUGCAUUCCAUUGACGACUACUAUUUGGACCCUAGUGGACUGUUGUGUCACCUUUGGAUUCCCAAAAGCCGCCGUAUCCAAACACCAAGGUCCCAGUUGGUGGUACCAACCCCAUUACGACACGAGAUUUUAGUUGGAGGCCACGACGAUCCCUUAGCAGGACAUUUGGGAGUGAACAAAACUUAUGACAAACUACGUGACAAGUAUUAUUGGCCCAAGAUGUUUGCCGAUGUACAGCAUUGGUGUCUGUCGUGUACGCACUGCCAAAUGAAGAAAAGCCCAAAGCAGCGCAAAACCGCACCCAUCCUACCUAUUCCUGUAGAGGGACCAUUUGACCGCGUAGCUGUCGAUUGUUUGGGCCCAUUUCCUGUCACGACUUCCAAUAACAGGUACAUUGUGGUUUUCUCCGACUACUUAACACGCUACCCAGAAGCCUUUGCCGUGCCUUCCAUCGAUGCACCCACGAUUGCUGAUCUUCUGGUCAACCAGAUUAUGCCACGCCAUGGUGCACCCCGUACGCUGCUAUCUGAUAGAGGCUCCAAUUUCCUCUCUAGCCUGGUGCGUGAAGUUUGUUUUCUGAUGGGCACUAAGAAGGAGUUUACGUCCAGCUAUCAUCCUCAAUGUGACGGAUUAGUGGAACGUUUCAAUGGUACUCUAGCGCAGAGUCUGUCCCACUAUGUCAGCAGUGACCAGAAGGACUGGGACCGGUACUUGAACCCCGUCCUCUUUGGUUAUCGUGUCUCCCCAUCAGAAGUUACCGGAGAGUCUCCGUUCUAUAUGUUAUAUGGUAGAGAACCACGCCUACCAAUGGAUGUUUCCUUCUUGCCUCCGCGAGAAAUUUCUGCCUCGAUUGCUGAACACCGCGCCCGUGUUGUGGAGAAUAUAGAAAUUGCCCACCGCAUAGCCAAGGAGAAUAUUCAGCGAGCUCAACAGCGAAUGAAGGAUUACCAUGACCUCCAUGCUGUUCCUGCGAAGUACCAAGUAGGUGAACAGGUUUGGGUUUAUACCCCUCGCAACCGUAAAGGCCUCUCUAAGAAAUUGGCACAUAAUUAUCAUGGACCGUACAGGAUAGUCAAAUUUCUGUCUCCUGUUCAUUGCAUCCUCCAUGCCUCAGAUAAUCGCCGUAUUUCCACCACAGUCCAUGUAACUCGCCUCAAGCCUUACGUGUCUCCAGACACACGGCCGGUACGCCACCCCCCAGAGCUGGUUGACGAGCCAUAUUUGACUGAAGAAGAUUUUCCAGCAGACAGUUUUUUGGUAGAACACCAGGAGGUUAUCCCUGAGUCCCAGGACCCUGACCGCGCACACAUACCAGGAGCUACCAACGGCGUACCGCAGCUAGAAAAUCUCCCAACAGCGCCCACAGGUUCCGUCGCGCAUACACCCCAGGCCCCUGCCAAUGCAACCACUGGAAUGACGACUGUAGUAACAAAGUCUGUACGCCGUCCAAGUAAUGACACGGAUAAAACCCCAGAUUCUGACGGUGAUAUUUAUCAGGUUGAGAAGCUGCUUAAGCAACGAAUAAAAGACGGUGAACAUCAGUUUCUUAUUAAAUGGUUGGGAUUUCCUCAUGGUCAAAACAGUUGGGAACCUGCCUCCAAUAUUCUGAACAAGCACCUUAUCAAGCAAUUUUAUGACCAGCAUCCUCGUGCCACACGCUAUGACGAUCCGGAUUUUCAGCCUCGAGUGACAGCCUUAUUGGCAGAAGACACGAGUUCAAACUGCCCUGUAAUCGCAGUUCUUACUUCUGGAGAUUCUUAUGAGAAGUUUGCGCCAUUCUACAGCUGUGUCACAAGUAGAGAAAAGUUAAACCCGCUGGAAAAACGGCAAAAUGACCUCAUUGAGAGCUCAGUUGUCAUCGGCGAUACCUUAAGUCAACAAACUGGUGACAAUGGUCGCUCACUGUCAAUCGAAUCGCCAAGCUCAUUUGCUUUGAGGUCUUGUUUAAUGCUGUCCAUUCGUCCGGGCAUACCUUCUAUGCAGGAACUAGAAGAACUUUCAGUCCAACUUGGUACAAAGUGGCGUCAUCUUGCCCGUAUACUUAGAGUAGGAGAAGCGUCAAUCAGUAAGCUUGACAACGUGCGUGACGAAUUGUCAGAAAAGGCUUAUCGCAUCUUGACGCACUGGACACAAAAGGAGGGAUCGUCGGCAACUUACCAAGUAUUAUUUAACGCACUAGCUGACGAGCGUGUAAAUCUUAAAGAUGUAGCUGAGCAAUUUUGCCUAUCAAAUGAGCCUGAGGCUUCAUCAGACUCAACAGUACCGCCAGAGAUCCUGGUCCAGGGACGUGAAGCCGUGCUCGCUUUUCAAAAUGCCAUGCGGAAUGGAAGAGUUAAGGUUCACCGUGGUCGUAUUAUGUUCAUAGGUCAAGAUCGUGCAGGAAAAACAAGUCUGAAGAAAGCGCUUCUUGAACUGGCGGCGCACAGAGCAGACUAA